AUGUAUGCUUCUAUGUUACAGGAGGAAGAGAGUAGCCGCUUUGUGCGGACCUACCCCAAGAUGACUGAAGGCCAUGUGGAUGUGGGCACGCAGACAGAGCCUGUGGUCGUGCUAUCUCUAGCUCAGGCUGCUGUUCUUGGCCUCAUCUCCCAGAAUGAAAUAUUUGGGGCCACCAUUGCACCAAAUGGCUUUUACACUGGGGAGCCCAAAGAGUGCCCCCCUCCUCCGCCUGAGUCGGUUGAAUAUGAGUAUGCUGACCAGCUGAUAGGAGCAAACGGAGACUACCUGGCAGAGCCUGCCAGAGAGCUGGAGCCCCAGCCCCACUGCAGCGAGAGGAGACGGCCCGGGCCCCGUGGGAGGAUCAAGAGGCUAAGGACUGAUGGAGAAUCAGAUGCUCACCCACACAAAGAACCCACUCCACAGGCUCAGGUUAAAGGUGAAAGACUUGAGACUGAUACCCCUCCCUCCUGCAUUCACAUGAACAGCAGGCAUAGCAGUCCCGGCAAGUCAGAAGAUUCAGCCACCCAGCACGGCUCUCUAAAAGAGGAGCAGGUCUGUGGAAGCUGUCCCUCAUGUGUGAGAGAUACUCCAAAGCCACAAUCAGACAGACAGCAAGAGCAGAAGCAAGAAGACACCUCUGCUCCAGAGAAAGAGAGGAAGGAAGAACUGUUAGUGGUAGGAGAAGAAGAAGAGGAGGCUCUCAAUCUCAAAACGAGUGGAGAAACUGGAAGUCCCCUGGAGAACCGUUAUUAUGAUUCAAAUGAAGUGGCCUAUGAGUCCACUGACAUGCCUAUGACUGGGGAGUACGAGGAGAACGGCCAGGCCAUGCUGUGGUCAGACCCAGAGGGCCUCGCCAGGCGAAUGCAAAUUGACCGUUUGGACAUAAAUGUGCAGAUCGAUGAGUCCUACUGUGUGGAUGUAGGAGAAGGACUGAAGCGCUGGAAGUGCCGCAUGUGUGAGAAGUCAUACACAUCCAAAUACAACCUCGUCACCCACAUCCUGGGCCACAAUGGAAUUAAGCCCCAUGAAUGCUUACACUGUGGGAAGCUUUUCAAGCAGCCCAGCCACCUCCAGACUCAUCUGCUCACCCAUCAGGGAACCCGACCCCACAAGUGUACCGUUUGUGAGAAGGCCUUCACGCAGACCAGCCACCUGAAGCGCCACAUGCUGCAGCACACGGACGUCAAGCCCUACAGCUGCCGCUUCUGCGGCCGCGGCUUCGCCUACCCCAGCGAGCUGAGGACCCACGAGAACAAACACGAGAACGGCCAGUGCCACGUCUGCACCCAGUGCGGCCUUGAGUUUCCGACCUACGCCCACCUGAAACGCCACCUGACCAGCCACCAGGGUCCCACCACCUACCAGUGCACAGAGUGCCACAAGUCCUUCGCCUACCGCAGCCAGCUGCAAAACCACCUGAUGAAGCACCAGAACGUGCGGCCUUAUGUAUGUCCGGAGUGCGGCAUGGAGUUUGUCCAGAUCCACCACCUUCGACAACACGCCCUAACUCACAAGGGUAUGAAAGAGUUCAAGUGCGAUGUUUGUGCCAGAGAGUUCACCCUGUCUGCCAACCUGAAACGACACAUGCUGAUCCACGCCAGCGUCAGGCCCUUCCAGUGCCACGUCUGCUUCAAGACCUUUGUCCAGAAGCAGACCCUGAAAACACACAUGAUUGUCCACCUUCCGGUCAAGCCUUUCAAAUGCAAGGUGUGCGGGAAGUCGUUUAACAGAAUGUACAACCUCCUGGGCCACAUGCAUCUCCAUGCAGGCAGCAAGCCCUUCAAGUGUCCUUACUGCACCAGCAAGUUCAACCUGAAGGGAAACCUCAGCCGACACAUGAAAGUCAAACACGGGAUCAUGGACGCCUCUGUGGAUGGACAUGAACCUCCCCAAGAGACAGAAGGCCAGGAGGACUAUGAGGAGGAGGGUUUUGAAUUCAGUGAGCGAGAAAACCGGGCUAACAACAACAACAACACACCAGACGUGGCUAAACUGUCUCAAAUGGAGUAUUACGGCACCUACGGGAAGAGCACAGGGCGAUUCAGCACUGCAUGAAUAAUUAAAACCCCAAAUUGAAAAAAAUGUGGACUAAUGAAAACAGGAUUGUUUAUUUUGUCAUGGGUUUUGCUGUUUAAGGCAUAAUGUUAUGGUUGCUCUUAAAAGAUGUCAGGAGACCCAGCUAACUGCACAUCGGCAUGCACUGAAGUCAGUCACAAUGCCAGAAAAUUUGGAAAAUGUAUUACUUUUAUUCGAAUUCAAAUUUUCAUCUACAGCACAGAAAAUUUGGAACAUUGCACAAAAAGGAUGAUUUUGGAAUCUCUUUUACAAACGUACAUGUUCAGGAAUAAGAAUAACUGCUACUCUGUACCUACUGAUUCGAACAAUCCUGAUCAGCUGGAGAGCACCAAUUUGCCGGAUGAGAGAAAGGAACGGAUGUUCUUUCACUUGCCAAAGCUUAUCAAAACGUUAAUAUCUCAUUUUGGUUUAUACUGUGAUAAAUGAAAUUCCAGGUCUGCUAAAUUGUAUAUAAGUGUACAGAGCAUCGGCCCUCCGGUGUGUAGGCUGGUACUGUAAAAGGUGCACUGCACUAUAGGCCACCGUGUCUACUUUUUCCAUUUCUGCAUUAGCAAGUGUCACACUGUAUCAAUCUCUAGUCUAUGAAUGUAAUUCGUUUCUGUGGAAUGUUUUCUGAUGCAUACAAGAACAUUAAUGUUAGAGGACUCCAUUUACCAAAGAACUGGAUCAAAUGUUGGAGCUAUGGGUGCCGCCAGUCUUUCUCCUCACCGUUACAUUGAGCUGGGACUCGGGAUCUCCUGUGGUCCAAUUGCAGACCCUCAUGAAAUUACAUUCAGGUUCCCCUCACAACCCGUCUGUAGAUUUCUUCAAAAUAUCAUGACAGUGAACAGAUGUCAGUGCAGCAUUUCCUUAAAACAAACCUCAUUGCUCCCCGUCAACCAAGUCUGCGCAAGGCGACACUGCAGCAUUUAAAAAAAAAACAAUGCAAAGCCUGCAUUUCUAUUGGUGUUUUUUUUUUUUUUAGUAGAUUAAUCUCAAGAAUUGUCCCCAAAAAGUGGGACAGAAAUAUGAAGCGCUCCUGUGUGUCUGUGAGGGUAUGCCAUCCAUCAUGCUGUACACUGGUCUCAAGUGAUGAACGACAACCUCCGAACAUGUGACAGGGCCGUGGACCUUGUGGAAAAUGAUUUGGAAAUGUUCAAUAUAUUCAGUUUCCCUCUGCUUUGCUUUUCAAACUUGUAACCUGCAAACAAGGCAUCCAUUUGCGUGGUGGUAUAGUGCAUUUAAAAAAGAAAAAUGCUCAUUUUUGUGAGUUCUUAAGCUUCUGUGUUAACUCUGUCACUAUUACAGUGAUGAUACAAAGGGGACGAUGAUGUUCAGCUUCUAUAGCUUUCGGUAUUAGACUUUAGUGUGAAGAAAAUAUGAAUAGAAUUGUAAGUAUAAUGUUGUGUACCAGACAAAACUGUAAAAUAAUAAAUUUAUUUACC